UCAGCUCCCAAUGGCACAGGCUCUGAUCCGUCCAUGUUCUUCCUGACGGGCAUCCCAGGGCUGGAAGCUCUGCACCCCUGGAUCUCCAUCCCCUUCUGCUCGAUGUUCACCGUGGCCCUUCUAGGAAACUGCACCCUCUUGUAUGUUAUCAAGACAGAGCCCUCCCUACACAAGCCCAUGUUCUAUUUCCUCGCCAUGCUGGCCGUCAUCGACCUGGUUUUAUCCACAACCACCGUGCCGAAAAUACUGAGCAUCUUCUGGUUUAAUUCCAGGGAGAUCAGCUUUAAUGCCUGCCUGGUGCAGAUGUUUUUCCUUCACUCGUUCUCCACUCUGGAGUCUACUCUGCUGCUGGCCAUGGCCUUUGACAGGUACGUGGCCAUCUGCAACCCCCUGAGGUACGUCACCAUCCUGACCAAUUCAGUGAUAGCAAAGAUCGGGCUGGUGGCUUUGGCCCGGGCUGUUCUCCUAGUGCUCCCUCUGCCCUUCCUCCUCAGGAGGCUGCCCUACUGCAGGUCACACAUCAUCUCCCAUUGCUACUGUGAGCACAUGGCCGUGGUGAAGCUGGCCUGUGCCGACACCAGUUUCAAUAACAUCUAUGGGAUCAUCGUAACUGUCUUCAUUGUGGGGCUGGAUCUGAUGUUCAUCUCCCUAUCGUAUGUCAAGAUCCUAAGAGCUGUCUUAAGCCUGGCAUCCAAGGAAGAGCAGCUCAAGGCUUUCGGCACCUGUGGCUCCCACCUUUGUGCCAUCUUAAUAGUCUACACACCAGUGGUUCUCUCCUCAACAAUACACAGGUUCGGGCGCCAUGUCACCCCGUACGUACACAUCCUGCUGGCCAAUUUUAACCUCCUCUUUCCUCCCAUGAUGAACCCCAUUGUGUACGGUGUGAAAACCAAACAGAUUCGUGACCGGGUGUGUCUCCUGUUCCGAGGGAAAAGCUUCUAGGCUGAGCAGGAGGGGGCUGUGGAGACAUCAGGAAGCAGAGGAUGCAGGAGAGGUUUUCUGAGUAACUUAGACAGCAUGUUUGUGGGGGCUUUGUGUACGCUGGGAUGGGAAUUCCACCUCCGACGCACAGCAAGCUAUACACCGUCCCCUACACAAGCUUAGGGCUGCUGGCCAGAAGGUGAUCUUGGCCAUGACCUUUUUCUCACUCAGUCCUGUGUGUGGAGUGUGAAGGAGUGUGAAGAGGAGUGUGAAAGCUCCUUGUACCUUCUCGUGCUUUGCAGGAACAUCUGGCCUUUAUUACUGACACACCCAGCCAAAGCCUCAGAGGUGCAUGCAGCAGGAACAAAUGCUGUAUCUGCCCCUGAUGUUCCAUCAGCUCUGAGAUGCAGCAACACAUCCUGGGUCAUUUAGGCACCAGAAUAUGUGCUCAGUGCUGGGCUCUUCUGUCUCAAAUGUGCCACCAUGGAAGCUGCUGGUGCCAACCUUUUCUAUGGGAAAUCUGGCCUUACUUGUGGUGUCUGAACAUUUGAGAGUCUGUCCCCAGUAGUUUAACCCUACCACACAGCAGCACAAUGCACCAGGUCGAGAGAGGGGGGUGAGGAAAGGUGUAUGUGCCUCAAAGAGCACUUCAAAAAUCCCCAAAUCCUGACCAGAGUGAUCUCAGGCACAAAGUAUUUAAAGUUCACUUUCUGAUACUGUCAAUAAAUUAAUGAAACAGAGUAUUGUGUGUGUGUGUGUGUGUGUGUGUGUGUAUGUGUGUGUGUGUGUGUGUGUGUGUGUGUGU